GGUAUCAGUCGGGAGCAAAUAGAUUUCGUUCUUAAACUUCACUCUCCGUUUUCUUAAUAGUUUAGCCGGCGACUUCGACGUGUAAACUGUGUUUAUAAACCGAAAUCGAGUGUCUGUUCCACCUAAUCGCUCAAGUGUGAACGAACUAUUAACGUUUAUAGGUAGAAAAAGUUAAGAUAUGCCUCGAUUAAAAGUUAUAACUGUGUUGAUAGUGUUGUUAACGGCGAGGCUUUGUAAUCAAUAUGAUUUUGGGUUUAGAACUUAUUCCAGAGAAUAUGUUGUGCCGCAAUAUUCAGCUCAACAAACAGAUAGAUACCUUUGCUUAAUAUUGGGGUUAUGCCACGCAUCGAUCGCUUAUGGCCAAAGCUCCAAGUUCAAAAAAAUCUACGAAUGGACUUCGUUAGAUUUCGAUUACGAAUCUGAUUCGGCAAGACAACACGAUAUACAAAUAGGAAACUUUCAUCAAGGAGAAAUUGCACCGAUUGAUGUUGAUGUUUAUUAUGCCCAUGAAGCUAAACCAGUUAUUUUUGUUGCAAUUCCCCGAUUUCAAGCGGGGGUUCCCGUAACUUUAGGGGUUAUCCAAGGACAUACAGGGACAAUCCCAAAAAUAAAACCUUACCCGAAUUGGUCGUCUCAAAGACAUUCGCAAUCUUGCGGCCCAGAUCGUAUUAUUUCAGUUUUUAGAGUUCAAGUUGAUUCGAAAUGUAAUAAAUUGUGGGUGAUGGAUACUGGAAAAAUUUUAGAUAAACAAGUGUGUCCACCGCAAAUUAUAGCUUUCGAUUUAAAAGAUAAUAGGAAGAUUCAUCAGUUUGAUCUCGACAAAUCUCUUUAUUCGGACGCUUCAAUUUUCGUCACCCCAAUAGUUGAUACCAGGGAUAAUUGCCAAAAAACUUUCGUCUACCUCGCUGAUUGCCAAGCAUUCUCAAUCGUUGUUUACGACGCUUUCAACAACAAAGCUUGGAAAGUUAGUGAUAAAUCGAUGUAUCCAAGCCCGGAAUAUGGAACUUACAGCAUUCAAGGAGACUCGUUCGAUUUGAUGGAUGGAGUUUUAGGGAUGGCUUUAGAACCAUACGUUCCUGGUAGAGAUAGAAAACUUUUUUUCCACGCCAUGUCGAGUGCCACAGAAACUUGGGUUUACACCUCGCAAUUGAGAAAUGAAUCCCUUUUUAGUCACGGACCAUUAACAAAUCCAGAUAUUUUCCAUACAUAUAAAGGUAAAAGAGACUCCCAAACAGCAGCUGAAGGAAUCGAUAAAAACGGCGUUGCAUUUUUCGGCCAAAUGAGUAAAACCUCGAUUCAUUGUUGGAAUACAGAUCUUCCUUACGGCGGCGAAAACAUCCAAUUGGUUGAGUACAAUCCGAAAACGCUCCAAUUUGCGAGUGGUUUAAAAAUCGUUAAUCAUCCGCAAGGUUUUCAAGAACUUUGGGUUUUAACUUCGCGGUUCCAAAAAGUUGCUGUGGGUACGUUAAACCCGCAAGAAAUUAAUUUUAGGAUACAAUCGGUUACGACUGAUGAUGCAGUUCGUGGGACGAGUUGUAGAAGAUCUUUAUCAAAUCGAUAUCCUGGAUCGGGAAGUGGGGGAUAUGGAGGAUAUGGGAAAAAACCGCUUGCAAGUACAGAUAGAAUUAUUUUUACUAGUUAAGAAAUGAGUGUUAUUUAUUAAUUUAAUAUUUUAAG